AAGGAAGAGUUGGAGGUCGAGAAUUUUCUUUGCAUUUCAUUGAAUUGAAAAUUAUCGGAUAUCAAGCGAGUGUAAAAUAUCCGUGAGUCACGCCGCCGUCUGCAUAAUUGUUUUCCGUCACUGUGCUAGUGUAAGCACCUAAAGCGCGUCUUUCAUAAGGAAAUGGACGCUCCGUUUGUUUUGUCUCCUUUUGACAUAUCGCUCAGCUGUGCUUUAGGCGAGUUGAUUUGAACGCAUUGUUGGAGAAAAGACCUCAAGUUGAAAAGAAUAUUACAAAAAGAACUUUCCACAUAUAAGUGUGGAUUCUUGCUUAAUACUUGCUAUUUGAAAGUGGAUGAAGUAUUGAAUUUAGGACAAUAUUUCGGCAAUUCAAAGAUCAAAGAUGUCGAGUAACACCACUUCCAGCGCAACCGGUGAAGAGAAAACUUCAGCUGCUGUCGAUGAUGUCGAAUCGUCUUCAAUUACCGCUCUGUCACAUCAGAUGUCAGAUUCCUCUUCGCAACCUUCGAGUUCUCAAGGUAUGAUAAUAUUACAUUAUUCUUUUACUGGUAAGACAAAGGCAAUUUAUUUUGGCCAUUUUCUCUUUGGCACGUUAAAAUUUCGAGGCUUGUCUUGUUAUGUUACUGCAUAAUUAACUCAGUCUUUGUACUAAAGGCUGUUUGUCUCAGGUUUUGUUGAACUGAAAGGCAGUGUUUCGUCUACCUGAGAUAUUGAAUUACCUUUUUCAUGUAUUCCCUUACAUAAGAUGUAUUAAAUCUAUUUUAGUUUUGUUUAAUUUUUGGCUCAGAUUUGCUAUGACACGAGGGAAGCUUUUGCGGCUAUUAUUCAACACGGUUGAAGAGUUUUACUUGUCACGUUUUCUUUUGGUAGUCACAAAUGUCGUUUUUCCGAAUCAAAGAAGCUAAUGUACAUCACAUUUAAAGGCUGCUUCAUUAAGAAAGGUUCUUUCCUCUUUUUUUGCCGUUGAUUGCCGUCUUUGAGGUUUAUCGUGAUUUGUCAUGGAAUGAAUUCGUGUAGUGACUGCGAAGAUCGCAUGACAAGAAAUUAUAUUUAAUUUGCAUAAGUUCGGUUCAUGUCGAUAACAAUUUGCCAACGCUCACGAAAAAGAAAAAGUUUGACUCGAUUGCCGUUUCGAAAUGUUUAAUUGAUAAAAAGUAGAAAAUAGGCAUCAAUUUAGUGCUGUGACCGCCAUAUCUAUACAUUAGAUAUUUAGGUUCCGUCGCGUUAACUCAAUCAAGCUACGACUAUAGUAGGCAUGCAUAAUGAAUAUUUCCACGAAUGUUACUGCCUUCGUCACUGCAAAAUGUUUUUUCGAUAGGAAUGAAUUUUCAAAAGGUGGGAAUUGCACCCAAGGCUUAACUUUCACCUUGUCUGUUUUUCUUUAUCACUCAUUUGAAAUAAGGUUGAAUAAAUUUAUUUAAUAAAUUUAUUUGUUGUUUAAAAUUAGUCAUUCUUUUAAUGCAACAAUGAUUAUGGUGACACCUUGGUUGUCUCCUGUUCCUUCACAUCACCUGCAUCCAGAACUCCUCCUGCCUCGGAUCCAUGUACUAACCAGUCAGGCUCAGAGGGACUGUGCAAUCCACUCUGUACUUCGGCUUGGGAAUUUAGCAAGUUUCCUGCAUAAUAUUAUCUUCCUCUCCCUCCCAAGAGCUUGAAGACUGGAUGCAGCGAGCAAUCCUGAAAUGGUCCACAUGAACAAAUCGUACUUGGCUCCCACAGCAAACUAGGAAAGUGCGUGGACCUUUCACAAUGAGUGAUCGGCCAAUUAUGAACCAAGACGACUUCUUGCAACUUGAACUCUCGGAGCUUCACUCGUCCUUCAUCAUGGCGCUUUCUCUACUGCUCUGUUGAGGAUGGGUUUCAGUGAUGUGAAACAGUUCCUAAUCUGUUGUCCCAAAAACAGUUCAAUGGAAGAUUGCCCAGUGACAGUGGCUAAGGUGUGCUAUGAUUCAAAAUAAAUAGUUGACCAGCUCGUGUUCCAGACUGAGGGUAUUUGUUUUGCCAUCUAGCAAAAAACCGCCCUGGUGGUCUGGACAGAAAGUUCACCAGCUCCAUUAGAUGCAUUGUGGUGGGGUGGAACCUGGGUAAACCUGACUCCAUUCUGCCUCAAGAAUUAAGAGAACUCUUCAGAUGCCAGCUGUGGCCUGUUGUCUGAAACCAUGUCUUCUGGUGUUCCAUAGUAAGCAAACAAUGUACGCUAAACCUCAAUGGUUUUCAAGCUGGUCAAGGAACUCAUGGGAAUUACCUCCAACCACUUGGAAUAGGCAUCAAUAACAAUCAAGAAAUUCAACUUGCCCUUCUCAGAGAAAUCAAUGUGGAUAUGCUGCCAUGGCUUAGCAGGCCAUUUCCAAGGGUGAAAUGGUGCCCUUGAAGGGGACUUGCCCAAGGCAGCACAAACAUGACAUUGCUGAACCCUCUCAACAAUAGCAGCAUCCAAUCCUGGACACCAAAAAUAACCCCUGACCAGCAACUUCAUGUGGCAGAUUCCAUGAUCCUCUUGGUGCAAGUUAUCCUACAGACGAACACAAUACCUCUCAGGAAUAACCACAUGUAAACCCUACAAUACACAUCCUUAGUCAACAGAAAGUUCUUGCUUUAUUGAAAAGUAAGGCUGCAACACUGGAUCAUCUAAUGCUUGAGGCCAUCCAUGCAAAGUGAAGUCGUACACACAAGCUAAAAUGGGUCUUUUCUAGUUGUAGCCAUGAUAUAUUGGGCUGUAACUGGAGGGUCCUCCAGGCAACUGAUGAAAUAUACUUCUUCCUUGUCCUCUUGUUCUUCUAAAGACACCCGUACAAGUCUUGACAAAGCAUCAGCAUUCGCAUGUUCAGCAGACUUCCUAUACUUAAUCUCAUACUGAUAAGCUGCUAAAAUCAAACGCCACCUUUGCAUCCUUGCUGUGGCCAGUGGGGUACACCAGUCUUUGGCCCAAGAAUCAUGACUAGCAGCUGAUGAUCCGUAAGCAAUGUGAACCUCUGACCAGAGGGGCGGGGAGAGAUGACAUCUGGGACUGAGUAACAAUGUCCUCACAACUUGCAAAGCAGUCACCGUGUGUGGUGGUCAGCGGAUGAUUGCAGUGUAUUUUUCACAAUGUAAAUAUUUCAGAGGCGAGAAGGGAACCUGCAGAGGAAAUAACUGGAAACAUAAUAUCAUGCCUCCUUGUUUUUCUUGCAUAUUGCAUUUGUCCUUUGGUAUUGAAAUUGCAAAACGGAAGUGACACUCAUGUGCAACCAUGUAAAUUCUUAACUGACAACAACGCUCUGUGGACUAUCGAUCGAGUUUGUAGGUAUUUUGUUGGGUGAGGAGAAUAUCAUAGAAGUUAUGAUGCUGUUAAAAAUUACUGGAGAAAAUGUUAAAUUUAUGGGGAAUUUAAAAGUCUAUUCAAGAGAGCUUUGUAAACGUGAGCUUACAUGCCUAAUAUUAAACAGAUUCACAUUUCAUAACAGUGGUAACAUUUCACUUCGUCUAUUACCAUCAUUCAACACCUUAAAUUCAAAGUUAAAAUUUAAGCAACCCUAGUAUACAAAUUACAUCUAUUGCUGAAAGCUCUGUACCUUGAAGUGACCUUAACUUUCCUUAGGUUUGCAACAAAACACUACUUGAUAUCUUAACUCUCUGGCGGUUGUUUCAGCUAUAUGGAACUCUAUGUUGCAUAUUCUAAACUCUGCGGAGGAAGACUGUUUAAAGGAAAAAGCAAAACUCCCACUAUGUCUGAAAAGCAAAAAAGGCAUUGAGCAUUACGUUUGAAAAGCAAUAAAGUUGCAAAUUACCAAGAUAUAAUAGUGAGAAACAAUCCCCCCUUUGACCUCCAUGGUUUUGCUCCUUCUCAAACGUGUUGAUCUUUGGUUUAUGAUGUAAUGCACAAAUCCAUUAUGUUUUCAUUAAAAGAGAAUGUAUUGGAAGUAGCUUCCCCCUGCCUCCGACCAUACAGAUACAAAUGGAACUUUUUCACUCCAAACACAGUGAAUAAAGCCUCUUUCUCUAUUUGGAAAUAGUUUCGCUCACUAGCUGUGAGAGUUUGAGAGGCAAAAGUGAUAGGCUUUUCCUUGCCUUUCUCCAUAACAUGGGAGAACCUGAUGCUGUGUUCUUGUAAGUGCCUGAAAACCUCGUCUAGGAUUGCCAAAUGUUGCUCAGGGGAAACCCCUGAAAUCAGGAUGUCAUCCAAACAGCAAACUGUGAACUUAACCCCCUGCAAAAGCUGAUCCAUAAUCCUUUUUAAAAAAGCUGGUGUACUGGAGACUCCAAAUGACAGCCAUUUGUAACCGGUACAAACCCUUGUGUGUGUUGAUUGUUUGGUACUUCAGUAAAUCCUCAACCAUCUCAACCUGCUGAUAGGUGUGAGGUAAAUGAAUCUUGGUAAAUACUUGUACCCCAGCUAACGUUGCAAGCAAAUCUUCUGUAUUAGGUAAAGGGUACUGGAUGACAUCAGCACAUUUGUUUACUGUCAUCUUGUAGCUGCCACACACUUUCAGUGAACCAUCUUUCUUGGGGACCAACACCACUGGGCAGCCCAGUCACUUUGACUCACUUUGUAAAUAAUCCCUUCAUCCUCCAGUCUCUGUAGCUCCUGCUCAACCUUUUCUUUAAGAGCAUAUGGAAUGGGUCUUGCUUUCAGGAAGAUGAGCUGUGCACCAGCCUUCAUGGACCUGAAUGGAUCCGAGGCUUUAUACAGCUUGAUGUUUCGAUACCCCCUCUCAGGGCUUCGUACUUAGCACGGAUAUCCUCCACAGCAGGCACUUGAGACACCUUGAAGGUGGUGGACCAAUAUAUUUUCAGUUUCUCAAGCCAGUUCUCCCCAAGCAACACAGCUUUUCUCCUUGAGCCACCAACAGAGAUAGUUGGAUUUCCUGGGUCUGAUACUGCACAGUAGCUUGAAGUUUUCCCAACAAAGGUAACGACUUACCAGAAUAUGUUUUCAAGUGGAACUACAUUGGCUGCAAUUUGAGAUGCCUAAACAACUUCUUGUGCUCCACCUCAGAGAUGAUGGAUACCACUCAUCCCGUGUCGAUUUCCAUGCUGACUUGCUUACCCUCCAACAAUAACUGAACUUGAAACCCUCAUCCACCUUGUCCUUUAGACUUGAGAGUUUACAAUCCCAGUCCAGGCUGCUCUUCAGUAUUACUCAUGGGUGAACCGUAGAUUGCACCAUCUCUUUCUUAUCGCACAUCUUAGCAAGGUGACCCUUAGUGUGACACUUGCAACAUUAAACCGACCUAGCCCUGGACCCUGAUGGAGAAUGCUUUCCACCACAACAAAAACAAGUCAUGGCUUCCUCAUUUCAAAUGCCCUGGACUGGUAUUUUUGCUGACCUUAUUGACCAUAUUGUCCACCAGCACACUGGCGUCUCGAAAAUCCUCUUUGUUGGCUAAAUCCAUGGAUUGUGUGGUUUCAAACAUUUUCUUAAACGUAAACUGUCUCUCUCUGCCAACAACUUUGUCUGAAUUUGCACGCUUUUCAAUCCGAAAUGAGGCCGCGUAAUGAGGUCCCCUAACGCGUCUUCCAAAAAAGUUCUAAACUCACACCUCAACGCCAGUUGCUUCAACUCACCUACAAACUGAGGGACCGUUUCACUCUCAUGCUGGUUCGGACUAUGGCAUUUAAAACGUUUGGUGAUCAAAACAGUUUAGGCGAGUAAGGUGAAAUCAUAAGCUCUUUCUUCAUUUCAAUGAAAGACUUACCUUUCAGACAUCCAUGGGCUAACAAAUUCUGCAGCACACCAUAUGCAUCUUAUCUAACUAACGCUAGAAACGCUUGGACAUAAUUCGCUGCAAAAUACAAUUCCACUCGCUCGAUAUAACUUGCAAUAUCUUCUUUACUGCCUACCUACUCUCCAACUUGAAGUACAAGCACUAUCCUUGUCACCGAAAAUGUAAUAUUUAGGUCUCAAGCGACAGGACAAACAAACCAUGUAUGUGAAUCAUUCUUUUAAUGCAACUGUGGAUGUGCAAAACCUGCCCUAUAAAAAUUAAUAUAAGAGUUCUGGAACCCAAUAAUAUAUUACAAAAGGAAUACUUAGCACAUCAAGGAAAUUUAUGUCACGAGUUUAAAGGAAGUGUAGAAAGUGUCACCAAUUCGAUGAAUGGCUGCGGUUUUGUUUAUGAACUCAGUUGCAUUACACAUUGUUGAAGUGGUGGCAUGACAUGUAUUUUACAUAACUAGGGAACACAGAGCAGUCAUUCCUCUUUAAUGUAGCUGUUCACUUCAGUCUUUCACACCAGCCAUUUAAAAAUUUUGUUCAAUUAUUUGAGCUCAUCUAUUAGAAAACUUCUUUAAGCCAUCCAGCUGUUUGGCCACUUCAUUUUGAAAGGCUUGGCUACCUGUUUCUCUCCCAUUCACUUGCUGUGCAUGCCAUUUCAAACAGAUACCUUAAGGAAUGUUUUCGUGUGAACGGUUACAAAAGUUUUAAACAGAUUUGAAAUUUCUACAAGUAACCAUUUUGCAAAUCCAGUGAAAUAUAGAUUUUAUCAUUCUACUCAAUGAUAACAAUUUCUGCAGAAAAUGUUCUUCAGUGCGCAGAGUCCAUGGUAUCAUCAACACCCUCAGAUGACAGUCAAGGGAACUCACAGCCAGUGUCCACGGAUGGUACAAAUGUGAACAAAGCUGACACAACAGGUGUGUGUGAUCCUGAGCUUAGAACCGCAUUCUGCUUUUUCAAACAGAGACCCAACUGAGACCAGCAAAAGUGUGUGUCUUACAGAGUUUGUGAUAUAUUAACAGAGAUGUAGCUAAGGAAAAGCUAAGCAGGCUUUUUUUAUCAGUCAAGCUGCACCGUCAAAAUUACCCCAAGUUUUUGAUUUUCAGAGCAAUUUGAGCCAGUGGUUAAGGGUCUUUUUCAGCUGGUGAAAUUAGCUGGCAGCUGGCUCUUAGGGACAUCCAACCUGUAUUAAGUUAAGGUUACUGUAUACCUUCAGGCACGUCUCAUGUGCAAGUGGUAAAGUGCAUUCUGGUUAAGCUGAAGAUACCUAAAAUCCUAUUUCAAAUUAAAGUUUAUUGAACUGGCAAUAUUAUUAGACAAACCAACAAUCCUUUAUAACACAUGCAUUUUCAAUUUUUAAUGAUUUUUUAAUGUGAGUGUCUGGACCAGCUUUUGAAAGCUUAAAAUCAAGGGGAAUUUGUUUCAUUGACCUAGGAUUUUGAGGAAUGUUUAUUUAAUGUGUAUGCAUGCAACCAAACCUGUUAAGGAAUUUUUUUGUUUCGUAAAACGUUUUUAUUGAGAGACAUUUUUGUGUGAUUCCAUUUUUUUAGCCUUUUUUUCCAAGUUGUUCUGUAAAUUUUCAUUGGAAUCAAAAAUUGCAAAAUCCCACUCAGCAUGUUUUUAUUAACACUUCAACUUUGAAAUACUAGAACAAAUCCUUUUUUGUGAAAAACAAAAAUCAUUUCAAGUUUUAGCUUCAGCUUGUCCUUGCACUUUUAUCUUUACCCUUUCUGGCUGUAUAACUCCUCAUCUUAAAAAAGUUGCAGAAACUCUGUGUUCAGCCACCUUGUUGCUCAGAGGUGAAUCAGCGGUGGAUAUCCUGAGUAUGAAUAGCCAUCACUAAAGUACACUCAAAAAACACUAUCCACUGUUUUAGUAUUUACUAAUUAAAAAUAAUGAAUAAAAUAUAUAAAACCAAUUGGUGUCUCCGGCUCUCUGUGCAAUCCAAGCACAUUCUGCCCACUCAAUGUGAGAAAUGAAAUAUUCUUGCGGUGUUAAGAUCUGAUUUAGUUCAGACCUCACAGGGCUUUAUAGGGCAUUAAUUAUAUCAAAAGUGGAUUCAGACACUUUCGUUGAGAAUCUUAAAAAACUGAAAUUUGCACGUUUUUAAAAAAUUGUUGGUUUAUUAAGAUAACCAGGGCAAUAAGCUUGGGUAUUUCUUGAUGUUGUGGAAACUUUUGUAGUUUCGCUUUUGUGUUGUGUUUUGGGUAUUGUUCAGUGUCUUUUUGAUCUUUUGUAUCAUGUCAUUUGGUGAUCGUCUACAGCCAUCUACAACACAACCAAGAAACUGUCAUAAGCUUUAAUUAAUUUAAUAUAGUUAUAGUUAUAGUUAAAGUUAGGUAUGUUCAGUUUAACCAGAAUGCGCAUUGUCGCCUACAUGCAAGACACCCCUGAAGGUAUCUGCUAAACCUUAAAGAACAGCUGUAGUUAAGUCUAGGUCAUGGCCAAAGAAUGACCAAGAUCAGUUUUCUCCUGUGGAUAUCAAUAUACAAAGUCAAAAGAAAAGGUCAUAAGAAUUGAUAAAAAUGAUCAGCAAAGAGAAAAUGCUUUGAUCCUUUAUGGAGUUCGGUCUGGAGAUGUUGGGGCUGAAACAGUGGUUCAGUGUUUAGUAAUGCGACGAACUCUAGAUCCAGUGGCUGCAUGGACUUUGAGCUUUGGCUGUGCCAUUGCAUUGUUUCCUAAUUAUAUAAUGCUUGCAACUUUAGCCUUUUACCAAGUGUAGGGUAAGGGUGCAGGGUGUUUAGCCAGUAAUAGUAUCUUAAUUAGGGGCCAGUUUCAGUAAAUGUCAGACAUAACUGCUGUCAUCUAUGCAUGAAACUUGAUACAGGUUGAGAUAGAGCAGUAAAAACACUGAUCUCUGUCUGUCAGUUGUCAAUGCUUGGAUUACAUCACCUUAAACCCACUUGUGGUAGUGAACAGUGAUUAACCUGGAGGCGUCUGCUGAGGAUCACUGCUGUUAUGUGCAGAGCAAUGAUAAGACAUUUUGAAGGUACUGUUUAUGACAACUUGUUUUGCCCAUCAAUAUAUUGGUGUUUUAAUUUGUUUUUAGAAGUGCCCACAAGCAGUGGAAAGCAAGAGAGGACAGAGUCAGAAACCACCCCCAUAACAGUAGGGCCCUGCACACCAGACAAACCCCAUGUGCCAGCUUCAAAUGGUCUUCAUUACUCUCCUGGAUUCUUAGCUACCAGUAAUCUUUCUCAGUUAGCAGAACUUGCAGCUAAUAAGUCAGCCAUGAAUCAGACAGCGCCAAACAGUGUACAAACACCUACUGCUCAGCCUCAUCUGCUUGGAAACCAAAGUAGAUUUGUUAUUCCCACUCAAGGAAUCACCCCUGGUAUGUUUGGAGCAUACCAAACCUCACCCAUUGUGCAAUAUCAUGGCUUUACCCCAUCUCCUGCUACCCAGGUCCCAUCGCCGUUUGUCAAGGGCUCUAUCAUUCAGCUGACAAGUGGAGAGUUAAAGAGAGUUGAAGAUCUUACAACAGACGAUUUUGUUCACAGCACAAAGCUCUAUCCAGAUCACAAAUUGGAUACCAGCACUGUAGUGAAAAUAGAGGAUGGUACAGAUGCAGGAUGUACACAUAUAACCUUCACCAUCAACAGUUCAAAAAAACAGGUACUGUAAUAUACAAGUUAACAAGCAAGUUCCAGCUUGUAUAGGCUUAUCACUUUGAUGUAUUGAGAGUGUUGUCUAGUAGAGUCUCCUUCCAAAGGAGAGACUUGGGGUUGGGAGACUUAUUACUCUGUUACAUAUUGCUGGGUGAGGAUGUCGCUUAACUAUGGUAUCACUGUUGUUGAAUUUGAAUAUGUCACUGUAGGCUGAAAUGUCCUCCCAAGUAUCCAGAACUUUUCAUUGAGCAAAUCAAUUGUAGAUGCUUAAACAUUGUCAGUGGCAGACUACACUGUCAAUUUUGAUGUGGCCCAGUAUUCAAUUUUAAUUACCUUUUUUCGGUAAAAUAUGCACAAUUUCCUUAAGUUUCUGUCUUUUAUUACUGUUAUAUUAAGUCACCCAGUUUAAUGCUUGUAUGUGUUACAGGUGAAAUUUGAUUUCAGGUUAAAAUGUUUUUAACCGAAAAUGAUUCUGGUGCUAGGAGACAAAGGAAAUUAAGAGUCAAGCUUGGUACCAUUGAAAGGCCUCCAUAGGAGAGGCUGACGUGUCGUGGCUUAACGCUGGUGGCCCUCGUCGUGAGCUUUAAAAUGUUGGGUAGGGCAAAUGUUUCUAGUUGAAAUAAGAUGCCAUUGCAAGAAGAGAUCACUAUUUUGUAAUUUCUUUUGGCAGGUAACUCUAAACUGUCCUGUGGAGCACCCAUUCUUUGUGUAUGGCCAAGGUUGGACGUCCAGUAGACCAGACCAGUCCCUUGCUAAGUAUAAUCUGAGCUGUCAGCCUCUCAAGGUUGGUGAUGUGUGCAUAUUUCUUUCUCCUUCUGCAGUUGGUGUUCUUCCAAGUGUUCCAUCAACCCAAGCUACUCCAGCUGCACAGUCUGGCACUUUGUCAGUUCCAGUAAAGGGAGCCAUAUCUGUCAGUAGCACAAGUCAAACACCAAGUUCUGUUACAGUGUCCUAUGCACAAACUCUUGCUGGAAUGGCAGCUUUACCAGGCAACAUGCAAGGUGUUGUUGUAACAUCCUCUCUACCAGCUGGCAUUCCUGCAAUAUAUCCAGGAACAUUUCCACCACCUCAGGGAAAAGUGGGAAGUACCCAAAGUGGUGCUGAACGAUCGGCAACAACUCAGCCCAUAGUGGUCUACACAGCUGAUGGCAAACCCUCAGAUCCCCAGCAUCCCCCAGGAGUAGUGUCUGGGGGAUUCCCAUUAGCUGGUGGUGCUUACUACCAACCCCUCCCAGGAACUCUUAUGACAUCAGUGCCUCCUGGCCAAACAUUUGUACAGGGCACAGUUGUGCCACAAGGCUCUGUAGGAAAUGGUUUGCUUGUUGCUGCAGUUGGUUUUGUCCCUGGUAGACAACCUCCAUUUGUUCAGUCUGGAAUGUUGUACAAUCCAUCUCCGGUGGAAGUUGUGCCAAAGGCAGCUGGUGACGGAAAGGCUGAGGAAUAUCCACAAAAGCCUGGAAGAACAGACACACGAGCAGAACUUUCACAGCCGGAUGCUAAGCGAGCAAAAGCUGCUGACACAGAAGUAAAAUAGAGUUUAUUUAUAAAUGAGCUCUUGAACAUGAAAUAACUUUUACUAAAAGAGAUAUAUAGUUAUAAUAUUAUUAAUAAGGAAGCUCUUCCUUUAACUUGUAUUUAUUUCAGAUCAGACUAACUUGAAAAGUUGUCUUACAUCGUUUGUUGAGACGUAAGCUCCCACUAUCAGCUUUAAUUUCAGAGAAACACAAUUUGUAUUUAAUAUUGUUUUGCUCCUUUUCACAUGUGAUCCGCCUUUUUAUUGAGUGAUUUAAUUUAAGUAAAAAUGGCACAUCUAGUUUAAAGUGUAUAUUUUAUAACAAAGAGUUUGUAGUUAUUAUAUAGCUUACUUUAAGGAUAAGAAAUAUACAUGUAGGAAAAAAAUAUUAUUUGUUGCAUUACAAGGUUGUUAAUUGGAUAUUUAAAAAGUUGGUAAAGUAGCAUUGUUUCCUCAUACGUAUGUCUGCAAGCGGUUUUCAGUCAAGAAACACUGUCAGUGUUGGUUUUGUGAAAGAAUUUAACAUCUAAUAUUAGCCUUUUCAGCGUUGUUGCAAUUACUUUGAAAACAAGGUAUAGUGUGUUGCUUUUGGUAUGAAAAUAGAUUAUUCUUCUCACUUGAAUAAAACUCAUUUCCAUGGGAAAGGUUCUCCUUUUUUUGGAACUCAAAAAAGCCUAGCUUGUGGAAUUCAUUUCUUGCGUAAAUUAGACCAAAAUUGAAGCAGUAAAUGUUUAGACAAGAAAUCAGUGACAACCUUCUCAGACAAACUAAUUAGCUUCCUCUUAAUAUAAAUUUUUGUACUCCUAAUACAAUUAACUGAGAUUGAUUCUAUCUGGAGAUUUAGACAUUUUUCAUCCCAAAGUUACGUAUUAUGGCAUGAGAACAAAGCUGAAAAACCUUUUGGCAUUGGGAGUUAUAGCAAUAUGGUAAUCAUUUGUUACUAAAAUUGAGGAAUGAGCCACAGUGACCUGAUUUUUCUUGUAUUUCUCUUAAAAAAUUUAGUAUACUUGUCCUCAGAGCUGCAAAUUAAUAUAAGCCUUGCAGAUUAUUUAAGCUUAAUUCAGGUCAUUGUAGUUCGUUUUAUGGGGGCACACUGAAGCUCAUUGUUUCUAUGAAAGGGCAGAGUGAGGUUCAAUUCAGCCACAAAAGCAGUGGAAGUUAAAAAAAACCCUUAAAUACUGAUCGAGCUAGACAACAUUAAAUUCCCACCACUAAUAAUUAUUAUUGAUAACCCCUAUGCCAAUGGAGAAACACAAUUAAAAUUCAAUAUUUUGUUGGAAAAAGUAUGUUUUAGUUUUCAGUAAAAAAAAUCAUUAAUUUCAUCCAUUUAUUUCUUGAUCACAUGUACUGGCUAACGCAAUUACGUAUCAGUAGUACACACAAUGCAUCCAUACGUUAGUUGUCUUAAUGUCGGAAUAACACCUAGUGGCCAUAUUUGAUUUGGUAGCAAAUGAUUACUACAAGGUGAGUGGGCAAGAAACCUAUUUUGUUAUGAACAGUCUAAGGCAAGUAUUAAACUAAGAGAGAUAUUAUUUUAAUAUCCACAUUAACAAGCUUUACCGUUGUGACCGCUAAAACUUUAGCCUGUGUGAGUUGCAAGCUUUUCCGUAUUGUUGGAUUUAACAUGUAUAAAAAUACUACUGUCGUAUUCAACCAAAUAAGGGAUGGAUGUCAAUGUCUCUUACCAAUAUGUGUAGAGAUAAAUGUACAAUACUUUAAAAUUAUUUAUUUAAUACAACUUCAACUUGAG